CCACCGCGCGUGCCCCACGCUCCGCCCAGGCUCCGCUCCCCGGCACCUCCCCCGCGUCUUCCGCGCUGGCUGCGCCCGCACCGACGUCGCGCCCCCUGGGCUUGGGGCGGAGAAGCGGAGAGGCGAGGCCUGGACGUCUGGCGAGCUCGGGCAGCGGAACUGACGCCAGCGGGCUUCCGGGGGCGGCCCCCGGGGAGGUCGGCGGCAGCGCCGCAGUCGUGGAGGGGCAGUGGGAGCGUAAGCGGUCGCGGCGACGCUAAGUUCCGCACGGGCUCUUUCUCGUCUCACGCUUCCCCUUCCUCUCGCAUAGUCGCGUGCUCCCUCCCCACGGCGGCUCUUCCCGACGAGAUCUUUCGGAGUGCGGUUGCUGAGGAGAAGCCAUCGCCACCUCGUCUUGGGGCCGAGUGAGGGUGCCUGUCGCGCCGCGUCGCCCCCUGCGCUGCCUCCUUGCCCCCAGAGGUGGGCGCUCUUCUCGUUCGAAGCACUCCCCCCAGCUCCAUGAAUGGAAAUCGGCUCCGCAGGACCCGUUGGGGCCCAGCCCCUACUUAUGGUGCCCAGAAGACCUGGCUAUGGCACCAUGGGCAAACCCAUUAAAUUGCUGGCAAACUGUUUUCAAGUUGAAAUCCCAAAGAUUGAUGUCUACCUCUAUGAGGUAGAUAUUAAACCAGACAAGUGUCCUAGGAGAGUGAACAGGGAGGUGGUUGACUCAAUGGUUCAGCAUUUUAAAGUGACUAUAUUUGGGGACCGUAGACCAGUUUAUGAUGGAAAAAGAAGCCUUUACACAGCCAAUCCACUUCCUGUGGCAACUACUGGGGUAGAUUUAGAUGUUACUUUACCUGGGGAAGGUGGAAAAGAUCGACCUUUCAAGGUGUCAAUUAAAUUUGUCUCUCGGGUGAGUUGGCACCUACUACAUGAAGUACUGACAGGACGGACCUUGCCUGAGCCACUGGAAUUAGACAAGCCAAUCAGCACUAAUCCUGUCCAUGCCGUUGAUGUGGUGCUACGACAUCUGCCCUCCAUGAAAUAUACGCCUGUGGGGCGUUCCUUUUUCUCAGCUCCAGAAGGAUAUGACCACCCCCUCGGAGGCGGCAGGGAAGUAUGGUUUGGAUUCCAUCAAUCUGUCCGACCUGCCAUGUGGAAAAUGAUGCUUAAUAUUGAUGUUUCUGCCACUGCCUUCUACAAAGCACAACCUGUAAUUCAGUUCAUGUGUGAAGUUCUUGACAUUCAUAAUAUUGAUGAGCAGCCAAGACCUCUGACUGAUUCUCAUCGGGUAAAAUUCACCAAAGAGAUAAAAGGUCUGAAGGUUGAAGUGACUCAUUGUGGAACAAUGAGACGGAAAUACCGUGUUUGUAAUGUAACAAGAAGGCCUGCCAGUCAUCAAACCUUUCCUUUACAGUUAGAAAACGGUCAAACUGUGGAGAGAACAGUAGCACAGUAUUUCAGAGAAAAGUAUACUCUUCAGCUGAAGUACCCACACCUUCCUUGUCUGCAAGUGGGGCAGGAACAGAAACAUACCUACCUGCCACUAGAAGUCUGUAAUAUUGUGGCAGGGCAACGAUGUAUCAAGAAGUUAACAGACAAUCAGACUUCCACAAUGAUCAAGGCAACAGCAAGAUCUGCGCCAGAUAGACAAGAGGAAAUUAGCAGAUUGGUAAGAAGUGCAAAUUAUGAAACAGAUCCAUUUGUUCAGGAGUUUCAAUUCAAAGUUCGGGAUGAAAUGGCCCAUGUAACCGGACGUGUACUUCCAGCACCUAUGCUGCAGUAUGGAGGACGGAAUCGGACAGUAGCCACACCAAGCCAUGGAGUGUGGGACAUGCGGGGGAAGCAGUUUCACACAGGAGUUGAGAUAAAAAUGUGGGCUAUAGCUUGUUUUGCCACACAGAGGCAGUGCAGAGAAGAAAUACUGAAGGGUUUCACGGACCAGCUGCGUAAGAUUUCUAAAGAUGCAGGGAUGCCCAUCCAGGGCCAGCCUUGCUUCUGCAAAUAUGCGCAGGGGGCAGACAGCGUGGAGCCCAUGUUCCGGCAUCUCAAGAACACCUACUCUGGGCUACAGCUCAUUAUCGUCAUCCUGCCAGGGAAGACACCUGUGUAUGCGGAAGUGAAACGUGUAGGAGAUACCCUUUUGGGUAUGGCCACACAGUGUGUCCAAGUCAAGAAUGUAAUAAAAACAUCCCCUCAAACUCUCUCAAAUCUGUGCCUAAAGAUAAAUGUUAAACUCGGAGGGAUCAAUAAUAUUCUUGUACCUCAUCAAAGACCUUCUGUGUUCCAGCAACCAGUGAUCUUUUUGGGAGCAGAUGUCACUCAUCCACCAGCUGGUGAUGGGAAGAAGCCUUCGAUUGCUGCUGUUGUAGGUAGUAUGGAUGCCCACCCAAGCAGAUACUGUGCCACAGUAAGAGUUCAGCGACCCCGACAGGAGAUCAUCCAGGACUUGGCCUCCAUGGUUCGAGAACUUCUCAUUCAGUUUUAUAAGUCAACUCGGUUCAAACCUACUCGUAUCAUCUUUUAUCGGGAUGGUGUUUCAGAGGGACAGUUUAGGCAGGUAUUAUAUUAUGAACUACUAGCAAUUCGAGAAGCCUGCAUCAGUUUGGAGAAAGACUAUCAACCUGGAAUAACCUACAUUGUAGUUCAGAAGAGACAUCACACUCGAUUAUUUUGUGCUGAUAGGACAGAAAGGCAUAGCAGUCUUGGCUCCCAUCUUUUAAACCUUGAAGCAGAGAAAUCUGAGGAUUGUAAGCGUUGGUGUCUCCUUGGGGAAAGGAUUCAACAAAAAGAUAGAGAAGUGUAUCUCUGCUUUGGUAUAUACUUAGUCUUUGGUUACACUUUCCAUGUAACUUCAGGCAAGUAACUUAACGUCUCUGUGACUGUUUCCUUCCCAACAAUGUUUGGGUGAUAGUAAUACUUUCCUUUACUGGGUUGUUAAGAGGGUUAAGUAAAUUAAAUUAUGUUAUUUAUCCAAAAUGGUGUUUGGCACAUACUAAGUGCUCAGUAAAGGUUGGCUAGUUAGUUGUAGAGUGGUUGUGAUGGUGGCCAUAAUAGACAAAAAGAAAAAAGAAUAGUAAUAGAGGAAAAGAAAUAAUAAUAGCAGGCAUUGUUCUAGGUAUGUGUCAUAAAUGUAACUUAUUUAAUCUUCACAACACCAUGAGAUACUUACUAUUACUAUCAUCAUUUUCCACAGAAGGAAAAUGGGGCAUAUGAGGUUAAAGAACAAGGUUAUAAAGCUAGUAAUUGGUAGAGCUAGGACUCAGGUCAGGCAGCAAGUACUCAUUAUCACUGUCCUAUAGCACCUCUCUAAUAACAACUCUUUCAAUAGAGAGAGUUGUUAAAGGCAUUUGACCCCAGAUUACUAGGUACAUUUUUGUAGCUGCAAAACCAAAUGUUUCUUCAAAAGUAGGAUUAGGAAAACCUAAGUUAGAUUUAAUGAUUAGUAGCAUCUGAUGUUCAGUCAUGUUAGUCCUUCAUUUGUCUACUUCUCUUUCACCUUUGUUCUAAAUACUACUACUAAUAGGUGAGAGAUCAUUAUAAAUGAGGAAUCAGAGGCACAGAGGGUAAAGUACCAUGCCCUAGGGAGCACAACUAGAAGUUGGUGGGGCUGUGAUAUGAACCCAUUCUACUUCUCUGAGUAGAGUAAAACUUUUUAUAUGUGUUAAUUUGAUUUGUGUAUUAUGAAUAAGGGUAAUUUAGUUGAUUAUGAACUAAUGAACUUUGUUUUAUACAUGGUAAGGGCUAAGCUGUUAACUCAAGCCACUACCUGAUAGUAGCCCUUCACAUGCAGAAAGAAUAUCUGAGUAGUAAAAUAGUUUCCACUUUGUUAGUCUUGUAAUUGUAGGCUAAAAAUUCUUGGUUUUAACUGUUUUUAAGGAUAAGGAGGUAAAAGUAAAUAUAUAUGUAUUUUAAAGUGUUUUGUUAGAACCCUUUCAUUAUCAGAAGUUUUGAACCAUUUCAUUUAUAUUCACAUCAUAGGUGUGCCUGGUGCAGAUUCCCUUACAAGAUGUUGAACUGCUAGUGUGAAAUAAAAGGAAUAGGGCCUUUGCAGUCAGUUCUAUAUUUGACUCCCAGUUCUGCCUUUUGUUGUGUGCUGUUCGGGAAAUUAUUUCAUAUUCCUGAGCCCAAACUUCCCUAACAUGUAGGAAAAAUACGUAAUUCACAUGAAUUUAUUGAUUGGAAAUUAUGUUUUGUGCCUGGCCCAUAUAUGGUUAACAAAUGGUGGCAUAGUUGUCAUUGUCAGCAUUCUUUCUCUCUAAAAACAGUAUUCUCGAAGAAAAAUGCUGGUUUUCAUGAAUUACACAUUCAAGAGUACCUGUUGUUCCCAGGUACCAUAAAUUGGAGCAAAAAUAAUUUAAAAAAAUUUUUUUUCAAGUGUUCUACCCAUAUUGGGAUCACCUACUAGCUAAGCACCAGUAGGCCCUAGUAACUCUUUGUUGUUUAUCAACUCUCACUUUCAGCAACAUAUAAGACUAGGAACCAGGACUAGAAUAAGGUCUGCUAUUAAUGUCUGCUCAAGUAAUACUUGAAGGAUCAGCCUAUAUAUAUUUAUUUAUUUUUAAAAGUGCUUUCAGUUACAUUCUUUACCUUUGUCCUGUUUGUUUAAACUUUGACCAAACAA